AUGCACAUCUCCAGGAUCGCCCUCGCGGCCCUCACCGCCCUGUCGACAGCAGCGGCCCAGGAGGCCAUCGCCUGCAACGAGGUGCAGAUCUUCCUGUCGCGGGGCCACGGCGAGUCCAUGCCGGGGCUGCAGGCCGUCGUGGCCGACGAGAUCUGCAAGGGCCGCCCGUCGUGCGGCUUCCAGAGCAUCGCGUACAACGCCACCAGCGGCGCCGCCACGCUGUGCGUCGACCAGUACGCCGGCGUGCUCCGCGCCUGGGCCGACGUCUCAGAGUACGCGGCGCAGUGCCCCGGCUCGAAGCUCGUCAUCUCCGGCUGGUCCAGGGGCGGCGCCCUCGUUUCCGACCUGCUGGCCGGCGGCGGUGGCAUCCCGCUCGCCGGCGAUCUGUGCGAGCAGCCCGCCACCCCGCCGCUGGACCCGGAUGUUUUCCCGGGCAACAGGGUCGCUGCCGUUCUCAACUUUGGCGUCCUCCACCACAACGCCAACCAGUCCUGGAACGUCGGCUCCGGCUCUUCGCGCGACGGCCAGCACCCGCGAAACGAAGAAAUGCUGCGCCAGCUCGGCAGGUGGGCCGACCGGUUCCGCGACUACUGCGAGGCCAACGAUCCCCUGUGCGCCCAGGGCGGGGACCCCGCGUCGCACCGUGACUACUUUGUGAAGGAGAAGUGGCGCCAGAUGGCGGCUGAGUUUGUUGCAUCUCGUCUGGGUUAG